AUAUUCAAAUUUUUAAUGGGGGAAAAGGACAAUCAUAAUGCAAUGUGUUGUAUAAAAAAUGAAGCGUGAAGAAUCAUCAUCUUGUUUCAGUAGCUGGUCUAACGUGGAGGAGGGGAUUGAAUAAGCACAAGGGCCCUCACAUUCGCGUCUAUCAGUACCUUGGUCCACAUGGCUUCCCUCAAACCUGCAAGAGAAACAAGUUGAACAGGUAGCAAGUUUUUGUCUGUUAUAACAGAAUAAUUGAAGCACUGGACCUUCUAUAUUCUUUCCGUGUCAGUCAUAUCAGGGCAUUGUCAAUGUGAUCAUUAUUGGAUAGAAAGAGACUUAUAUAAUAUGUUUUCUGACACCAUUUUGAGGAUAAUACUGUUCUUCUUCUCUCCUGUCAUGAUCAAUCAAUGUCACCAGUUUUUGACUUCAAGGUUACAGUCAUGGAGGUUAGCUGUCAGGCUGUGGAGAAAUUUUCCAGUUCAGGGUGUUGUAUUGUUUAAAUUCAGUUGGUGAGGCUAUAGGCUCAGAGGAUGACUGCUGUGUUAAAAGAUCUAAAUCACCCUAACCCAUUGCUCUGUAAGAACAGCUAAGUCACCCUAACCCUAAAAGUGGUAAAAUCCCCAAAACCCACCAGAGGUUUCUGCUUCAGUAAACUUAUAGUCAGAGGGUUUGCCCUGGUCAAUUGAGCAGAGGAUCUGACCAAAUUCGGGUAACUGGGGACCACAACUUUAGAGCAAAAGGACCCCCUCUUGGGAGUGCAAAAAUAAAAGUCCAUUGAUCUGACCUGCUCAGCUUACAUAAAAGAGGGUUUGUUCUUGCCAAUUGAUAGUCGACAUAAUGGACUUAAGUGUGCAGGUGACUUCACCAUUGAGGUUACAGGAAGAACUGCGUUCAAAAGUUGAGGGUGUACCUUUGUCUGGAAAGGAGAAAUUUAAGAAAGGAGGAUGGAAAAUUAUGCCCUUUGUUAUAGGAAAUGAGAGCUGUGCAAAUCUGGCAGUGAUCAGCUUAUCUGCAAAUCUGGUGGUAUUCUUGACCACUCAGUUUUACAUGAAUCAGGUUGCAGCUGCGAAAAUUGCUACCAUCUGGGGAGGAAUCAAUGCUUUAGCACCCAUAUUGGGUGCUUUUAUAGCAGAUUCAUAUCUUGGAAGAUUUUGGACCAUUGUCCUUUCCUCUGUCACAUACAUACUGGCAUUGGGUAUUGUGACAAUCAUAUCUCUUCUCCUACCCACAUUAAGGGGAUCCAAAAUAGAACUUGGAUUACUCUAUGUAUUUUUAGUAUUAAUGAUUGUGGCUUCAAGUGGGGUCAAAUCAUCUUCAAUACCCUUCGGUGCAGAGCAAUUUGACAAAAAUGAUGCCGAGGAAAGGAAAAAGCAGCAGAGCUUUUUCAAUUGGUACUAUUUUGCAUCUUCUGCGUCUGUCAUGUUGGGCCUGACCUUUGUUGUUUAUUUACAAAGCAAUGUAAGCUGGAGCUGGGGAUUUGGUUUGGCCACUGCCUUGAUGGCUAUCUCCACAGGCUUCUUCCUGGCGGGAACAAAGUUCUAUGUUUUUGUCAGUCCAGAGGGCAGUGCCUUGACUGGAUUUGCUCAAGUGAUUGUUGCAUCCAUCAGAAAGACAAAUCUGGUUUUGCCUUCUGAUCCAAGGGAAUUGUAUGACGUUCCUGCGGACAAAGAUGAUGUAGAACCAAGGCUCUCUUCAACCGACCUGUUCAAGUUCUUGAACAAGUCAGCCAUAAGAAGAACAGAGGAUUUCAAGGACAAUGGCUCCACACCCAAUCCAUGGAAGCUCUGCCCAGUUCAGAAAGUGGAAGAACUCAAGUCAGUGAUAAGCGUAUUACCCAUCUGGAGUGCAGGAAUAGUGGUGGCCAUCAUCUUGAAUGGCACAGCCAAUACUUACAUGAUAUACCAGGCAAAGCUCAUGAACAGAAAACUGGGUCCCCAUUUUGAAAUACCAGCGGCCUCCAUGGGCGUCUUUGCCCUUUUGGCCAUAUCCAUAUGGCUGCCAUUCUAUGACAGAGUCAUCCUUCCAUGUUUUCGCCGCUUGAGAAAUAGAAGCCAAGGCAUAACCUUGAUAGAAAGAAUCGGAACAGGAAUAAUUUUUUCUAUACUCACCAUGGUGGUGGCGGCUAUGGUGGAAGUUAAGCGGAGAAACAGCAGAGCCACUCUGUCUGUAAUGUGGCUUAUGCCACAGUAUGUUUUUCUGGGAUUGGCAGAGGCAUUUUACGCCAUUGGUCUGAUCGAGUUCUUUUACUUGCAGUUUCCCAAGAACAUGAGAAGUACAGCUGUGGCUCUGUUCUGGUGCAGCAUGGGCGUUGGCUUGUUGCUCAGCAGUGUUGUUAUUACAGUGGUUCACAAUGCCAGUGGAGGUGACAGCCAUAAUGCUUGGCUGGCCCAAAAUCUCAAUCAUGGCCGCCUCGAUUACUUUUACUGGCUUUAUGCAGGGCUUGGUCUGCUUAAUUUCUGUUAUUUUGUGGUCUGUGUAAGGUUGGUCAGACGUUUGAUACGAAGCGACCACAGUGAUCAGCUUCAAGUAGAACUGACUGUCUGAUGAUUACAAGACCUCUAUGGUUUUAAUAUUAUAAUAUGUGUUUUUAAAUAGAAAUAAUUGAAUUAUAUAGAUAUUUGUUGUUUUUU